AAUUGCCACAGUGCUAGCCUAACGAUCAGAAAUUUUUUCUCUCUGCAUUGAGGUCAGUCCGACUUUAAAAAACGGUUGUUUUUUUUAAAAUGGCUCAGUUCCAAGGAACAUGGGAGGAUCGGGAAUUGGACCCAAGCGCAUUGGCAUUCAUGGAUGCAAUAGGGCUUGGAGAAUAUAAGGACAAAUACAAGGAUGAGAGAUCAACAAUGACCUACGAAAUUAACGGGAACAAGUGGAAGAUUACUUACUUGUCGAGCAUGUACCCUGACCAACCCAUGGUUUAUGACGUCGAAAUCGGGAAACCAUUCGAUGGAAAGGGCCCCGAUGGAUCAGAUGUCAAGACGACAAUGACGGUCAUUAGUGACAGCGAAGUAAAAGAAGACGAGAAGACCAAUUUUGAAGACGGCAAAGAUCGGUCUUUUGUCAUUACACGAAAAGUUAAUGGCGAUGUCAUGGACGUAUUCGUCGAAGCUCCGUCCUACAAUGCAAAGAUGACAGGGAAAAUGUACAGAAAGAAGUAGUGGACGUACAGUGUAACGUGACGUCAGUCGCCAUGAGUUACGUGACGUCAGUAGCCUUGAAUAUGACUCUGAAAUAAGCCAACAAUAAUGCAAUCUUGAUUUAUAUGAUGACAAAAGACAAAGAAGAUAUAGCUAGUGUGUAAAGAUUGCAUGUUUUAUGCAAUGAUAAUUCAAGUAUGUUUUGUUUCGUUUACUGUACAAGUGAAAAAAUUGUUGUGUAAAAUAAAUUUGUGACAUGUAA